GAAUGUGCUUUGAGUUUAGUCCCAAUGAGGUGGGAUUCCUAGAUCCAGGUGCUUACAUACAGACGCCACACCUGAAGAUGGACUUUGAGGGGGGCCGCGUGUCACCCAAGCAGCCAUUCAAAAGGCAACCGAUCAACCUGGCUCAGCUGCAAGGAAUCUGUUCAAGUUUCCUGGCAGAUCUCGUCGAAGUCCUAGACUAUUUGUGGCAUUGGAUUCACUCAAUCCGCUCUGAUGAAGAUAAGCAUCACCCCGUAUUCUUAUUGGCUGACUUGGUACUGAACCAUGCUAACACAGAACGCAGCCUCAGUGCACUGGAAAAACUAAGAAGUGUCUUUGAAGACCAUGGACAAUUCAGUCAGUCACUCAAGGAAGUGAACAGUGAAAAGUGGAGAGACAUGGCCCGAGAAGGCCGAACAAGCUUUUGCCAUGAACUUGUGUCAUCAGUGGGGGAUUUGACCUCUGACCUCAUUCAGGUGGAUGGCACAGUGGAUGACGUGUGGUGGGUCAUCAAACAUAUUACACCGCUGCUCACAUGCUGGACCUUUGGAACUGUUGCCAACUUCCUCUACCAUUUCCAAGACCCUGCCAUACCUACAGAAAUGUCUGCGAAGAAGCAGAUGCAUUUGAUUGAUGGUGGCCUCUACCUAAACUCACCGUAUCCCUCCGCCCUGAGACAGGCCAGGAAAAUAGAUCUCAUCAUAUCCUUUGAUUUCGGUGAAGAUCCCUUUGAGGCUCUGUGGAAGGCCAGAGACUAUGCAGCCAGCAACCACCUACCGUUUCCUGAACUCGGCUCUCAACCUACACGCCCAAAGUCCUUUUAUGUUUUUGAGGAAGAGGGCAAGCCGACUGUGAUCCACAUCCCCCUCUUCAAUAUGGAUAACUGCAAAGAUCCAGAAGAAAUUAAACGCAUGACGGAUGAAUACAAGACUUUCCAAGUCUUCAGAUGUGAAGAAAAGAUCGAUCACCUGGCAUACCUGGCUGCCAAGAACGUGGAGAUGAACAAAGACAAAAUCCUACAGGAGAUCAAAAAAGCUGCUGAGAGGUGCCGUGCCAAAUGUUGAAUGUCUCUGUGAAAAGUCUAACCGGGUUCUCAGUGUAGGCCUAUGGCUCCACCUUGCUGCUAUGUGGAAAUACACAGAUUAUGAACAAAUGUAAGCAUUCAUUUGUUUACUUGUAAUAUUUACGAAAUCAGACGUCUUGAUGAAAAAUGUUCAUCUUUUGUAAUGUACAAGGUAAAAACAAAAACCUAUUCUCGUGUCAUUUUUCACAAUGAUGAUUGUUGUUACCUUUAUGUUUUAAAAAAAAAUGUUAAAGAAUUGAUUGUUACCAUAAUAGGCCCCUACUUGAUUACCUAACUUGGUCCGAGUUUAGUGACACCAAUAUAAAGAAACACCAAGGUUGUACAAGUCAUGCUUACAAACCUCUACAGUAUUUCAUAUGCACCGCAAGUCUCUUGUUCUUUUAUACAUGACAUUAAAAUCAUUUAGUUACAAAAGCUAAUGCUUGGUUUAUUUUAUAAUGUAAUUUGCUUGGUUUGAUGUAUCUAAUAAACCUAUUGGCCAACAGAAUGACGUCACUUUUUUUGGAUUGUAUUGAUUUUCUUUGGUUUAUCAAAUAUAUUGGUGUUGUUGGCUUGUAUUAAAUAGGCCUACUCUCUUGUGUUGGUUUGAUUUAAUGGGGAUUGACUGA